GGAGUCGUUUGCCGCGGCGAAGGCGACGCGGUGCAGUCGCCGCCACCGCCGCCGCCACCGCCAUCACCUCCCGCUUCGCCCGCCGGGAGAGUCUGAAGUUGCGCUCGCAACGCGCCGAUCGGAUGCGCCCACGCCCUGGGGCAGGCCGCCGCUGGAGAUGUCGCUUGCCGGAGACGGGGGAGCCAGCCGGGCGGCGUGAUCGGGGGAGAGGAAGGGAAGCGAAACAGGCAGCCGGAGGAGCCUGCCGUCUCCAGCGGCCGGAUCGCGGGGGAAGAACCCCGCGCCCGCCCACGAACUGCUGUGUCCUCUUUUGCCCCGGAGGUGAGAGGACCGUGACUCCCUGCGAACGGGAGCGCGCCGACCGGAGCGUGGAUCAUGCCGGUAAGGAACCGAGGAUCGGAUGUUCCCAAGAGCCAGCGGCGACAUCCCUCGAGGUCGGGGCAGAAGAUCUGACUUGUGUGGGAGCGUAGCCGGCUUAGCGUUGAUUCGCUGUGAAAGCGGAGCGGCCCCCUCUGGUGCUCCCGUGCUCGGUUCGGAUUCGGCUGCCCUUCUGCCGGCUCCUUUCUCUGUCCUGCUGGCGCUCCCGGACUUUAUUUUUACUCGGGGAGAUUAAUGGAAUGAUGGUGCGGAAAAGGCAGAGCGAUCCUGCCGGGCUCAGCGGGGACUCCUUGGCGGGUAGCCGGAGUGGGAGCGGUGGCGGCUGUGGCAGUGGGGUCCCGAGAGGCAUGCGCGUGCCCCCCCAGCGCUAUGGCUAGCGGCGGCUCUGGCAAGUCCACUAGCGAGUUGCCUACCCCCAGCUGCGGCAGCAGUGCCUUGCAGAGGAAGAAGCUCAUCUCCAUCUGUGACCACUGCAAGAUCAAGAUGCAACUGGUGGCAGAUUUGCUCCUGCUGUCCAGCGAGAGCCGGCCGGUCAACACGGAGAGCCUGUCCGUCUUCGGGGAGUCCUUCGAGAAGUGCAGGGACACCAUCAUUGCCCGGACCAAAGGCCUGUCCAUCUUGACCCACGACAUCCAAAGCCAGCUCAACAUGGGACGCUUCGCCGAGGUGGGGGACAUCCUGGUGGAGAUGGGCGACUUGGUGGUCUCCUUGACGGAGUGCUCUGCCCACGCUGCUUACCUGGCCGCGGUGGAGAUCCCGGGGGCUCAGCCGGCUUUGCCCGGCUUGGUGGAUCGCUACAAGGUGACCCGGUGUAAGCACGAGGUGGAGCACGGGUGUGGGGUGUUGAAGGCCACCCCUUUGGCCGACAUGAGCCCUCAACUCCUCCUGGAGGUCUCCCAGAACAUGUCCAAGAAUUUGAAAUUCCUGACGGACGCCUGCGUCCUGGCCAGUGAGAAAUCCAAGGACAAGUUUGCCAAGGAGCAGUUCAAGCUCAGCGUCAAGUGCAUGAGUACCAGCGCCUCGGCUCUCCUGGCCUGCGUCAAGGAAGUCAAGGCCUCGCCCAGCGAGGUGACACGUAGCCGCUGUGUCUUGUUCAGCGGGCCCUUGGUGCAGUCUGUCUGCGCACUGGUAGGCUUUGCCACUGAGCCUCAGUUUUUGGGCAAAGCGGCCGCCAUCAACCCGGAGGGCAAAGCCGUGCAGACUGCCAUUUUGGGAGGCGCCAUGAGUGUGGUCUCGGCGUGCGUGCUCCUCACCCAAUGCCUCAGGGAUAUAGCCCAACACACCGAAAGUAGCUCCAAGAUGACUGAAUACAGGGAAAGGUUGAGGAACUCUGCUUGUUCUGUCUCUGAUGGUUGCAACCUGUUAUCUCAGGCACUACGAGAAAGAUCGUCACCCCGGACUUUACCGCCAGCAAACUCAAAUUCUGUGAAUUAAUCUUUUCUUCCCCCAGUUUAGAUAGCUUGGCCACUGCUAACAGAAAUGAUCUAGGUCCCCUCUCCUGCCCUGUGUUUUGUGUAUACCAAAGAAUUUGUGUAGAUGAGCCCAGUCCUUCGAUUAUUUUUAAUUUUAUUUGGGGGGGGUGCAUAGUGAGGCAACAAAGCUAUGCCUUUUAAUCAAUGUCAAAAUAAUCAACAUUGAAUGGCAGGUAUUUUGGGAAGUGGGCAGAAGGAUUUUAAAAAGAAAAAAAAUCCAAGGGGCCUUGCAAUUAAGCACUAGCCUGGGCACCAUAGGCAACCAGAAAUGGGAUGUGGCACACCCUUGGGACUCAACCCAGGCAAGUGACCAAGGGCUGAAUGCUUUUGUCCAUCUCUGCGACCACAUAGAAACCAGGUGCCUUGCUAGAGUUGGGAAGUCCCCCCCCCAACUUCCUCUGUUCCUAGCAUAGACAUUUAAUUUUCUGUCCCUCCCUUGUUGGCCCAUAUCAGGCUGGUAAAUUCUUUUGCAGGCUAGUAACUUUGGGGGGCUUAUUUACAAGGCUGCAUCAAAGUCAAGACACUUACAUAUCUUCACUAUUUAGUUAAGGCCUGCAAAUAACAGUUUUAAGGUUUUAUAGAGGGGGAGGGACCAGAGAGAGAGAGAGAGAGAGCCUUAAUCGCGCUGGGUGCGGUUUUGAACUGGCGGGUUGGUUUGCGUUGUUGGGUUUUUUUUGUUUGGUCUUCCAAAUUUUCCCUUCUAAAUUUUACUGUUCAGUUGGGCAGGAAGAGAGAGAGAGAGAGAGAGAGCGAAAAAAAAAAGUUACCUCAGUUUUCAUACAGUCUGAAAGAAACAAAACUUUAAUGAUGGAUGUAGCUACCUUUUUGUUGGGUUGUUUGUUUUGUAUGAUUAUUUUUGAAUCAAGUGUGUAGGGUAGAAGUGCAUUUUUGCUGUCUUGAGUGGAAAAGGGAGCGGGCGUUGGAUUGGAGUUCCAAACUGGGGGAAAAGCUACUGUGAGUGUGUUUAAAA